AUGAAAGUGCCCAAUAACUGCAAGAACAACCGCCCGUCCUUCGAGGACGCCGCUGCGUCUUGUACCUCACUAGUCGCGGAACCAGUUGAUACCCUCGACCACGCUCUACGAACUAAAGCCAGUCUCAAGCCAGCACGUACUACACUCGAACGUCUUCUCAUCCGCCUCCCCCAGCGAGCCCAGGCCAGCCCUUCUAUAAUAGCGGCCACCGCUACACUAACUCAAGUUCUCAUGAUCCGCAGGGCUCCCAGCUUUGAUCCAAGGGAACUACUCGGAGUCUGUAAAAAGUGUAAACAACAAAGAAUGGCCAAGAACAUUGCCUGCAAAGGCAUCAUCAACGGCCUAAAAGUCCUGUUGUCGAACGGCGUCUCUGGAGUCAGUCAUCGGGAUACUAACUUUUCAGCCAAAACCAAGAUCCUAGGCAACAGUGAGGGUAAUGAGUAUCUUGCCUGCCUCCAAACCUGCUAUAUCGCCCCUAAGCGCUUCUGGAGAGGCGCCGCUGAAGAAUGCGAGGAUGAUAUCGGCAAUGGACAUCUUCAGUGCUGGUUGUAUCAUUGCGCAAUUGUUUCUUAA